UCCCUCAAAUUUACCAGAUGAAAUUUGGUACUUCAUUCAUUCAAAUGAGAGAAAAGAGUCAGCCUUUGGAUUUUGGAAAACCAAAGGAGAAACUCAUGAGAUAUAUUUGGAUUCUGAAUUAAAUGGUUGGAGAACUACUCUCGAAUUUUUUGAAGGUGAAGCCCCUAAUGGACGAAGAACUGGUUGGCUUAUGCAAGAGUACAGGAUAACACAAAAGGGAUUAUGGCAUGAAACUGAGCCAAAGGACUCUAAAUCACUUUGCAAAAUUUUCCGUUCCAGUCCGCAUAGCCCCAAAAAUGAGAUUCAGCCCAAUUACAACAUGACUGAUGUUAGUGCAAAAUGCAAUAGUUCAGUGGCAUCAGUUAACCCGAGCAAUAAUAAAACCUCAGCACAAGAUUCCUCAAGCAAAUCCGAGGUAAAGAGGGUCCAGAACACUUCUCCAGAUGAUUUUGCAGAGGAAGAAUGUUUCUCAAAUGGUGACUUCUUGGAAUUAAAUGAUUUUGCAGAAGAGUCACUUUCUUCUAGUUCAGAGAAUUCAAGUUGUCCAAGCCGGGCAUCCGAUGAAUAUUUUGAUUCAUUGGCAUUGUUGCGAGACCUGAAUGAUCAGGGGAAGGAUUUAAGCAAGUAUAGUUUUUCUGCAUCUGUUAGACCAGAUAAGGUGGUUAUGAAGCCAGCCACUUUAGGAUCUAUAGAGGGUGGGACUGGAAGUAAGCAUGCAGUAGAAGGAUUCCUAGCCGGGUCAGCACCCGACCCUAAUAAAAGUCAGAAGUCGGAGCACAGAAUUGAAGGCACAGCAAAUUUUUAUGAUGAAGCAAAGCCAUCUGCAACUGGAGAAAGAAAGGCCGUUGUAGGCAGAAUGCAAAGGCUCAAGGAGAUUUUCUGUUGUUUCUAAGCGAUACAUCCUCUUCUAUGGGAAGUGCUACAUGUACAUAAUUAGUUACAUAAUAGUGUCCAUAAUUACAUGUGGUACUUGAUCUAACCUUUAAUUCAAAUCUCACACUUGCACAUCAACAACCGGAUGAUUGCCACAUCACAUUAUGGAUACCAUUAUGUGCAAUAAUUAUGUAUAAGUAGAAUUUUUCCUCUUCUAUCACCUAGUACAAAUGUUACAGAAUAACCGUCAUAUUGUCGGAAUUGCUACGUAUGAUUGGAGUUCGACAGAUAAUGUAAUAGGAGAAGAUAAGAUUCUCACCCUUUGGAACAUGUAUGGUUAAGCUUAAAAGCUAUAAAAAAGUUUGUUUUUGUUUUUGUUU